CGGCCAGGCCGGCGGCGGCGGCAGCGGAGGAAGCCGCGAGGACGGCAGCUGCGGGGCCUGGCGGACGCCAUGGGCCGCCUGCACUGCACGCAGGACCCCGUGCCCGAGGCCGUGGGCGGCGACAUGCAGCAGCUGAACCAGCUGGGCGCGCAGCAGUUCUCAGCCCUCACAGAAGUGCUUUUCCACUUCCUAACAGAGCCAAAAGAGGUGGAAAGGUUUCUGGCUCAGCUUUCUGAAUUUGCCACCACCAAUCAGAUCAGUCUUGGCCCCCUCAGAAGCAUCGUGAAAAGCCUCCUCCUGGUUCCAAAUGGUGCCUUGAAGAAGGGUCUCACAGCCGAGCAGGUCCGAGCGGAUUUCAUAACUCUGGGUCUUAGUGAGGAGAAAGCCACUUACUUUUCUGAAAAGUGGAAGCAGAAUGCCCCCACCCUUGCUCGAUGGGCCAUAGGUCAGACUUUGAUGAUUAACCAGCUUAUAGAUAUGGAGUGGAAAUUUGGAGUGACAUCUGGGAGCAGCGAAUUAGAGAAAGUGGGGAGUAUUUUUUUACAAUUGAAGUUGGUGGUUAAGAAAGGAAGUCAGACUGAAAAUGUGUAUAUAGCUUCCUGCACGAGAUGGAGCGCGUUAGAACCAGCAUGGAGUGUUUCAGCUGAUUCCUGUCCCCUGCAGCUCCGCCUCCCCUGGGUGCUGCUCCCAGAGGUGCCUCCCUCACAGGCUGUGGAUGCUCCAUUUGGCCCUGCUCAUGUCUUGGGAGCCCGUGUGUGAACGGCUUAUGAAAAACAACAGGAUUAAGUACUUAAAUUACCUUGUAAACUCCUUUUAAGGGAACCUCUACCACCCAUCUCCCAGGGUAUUCUGACAGGCCAUUGCAGCUCAGAUUCAGGGGAGAAAAUAAGUUGUCACUUCCCCAUCAAAGUUCCAGAGUAAACAAAUGGUGCCAUCACCCAAGAUAACAUGCUGAUCGGCCUCCCCCCCAAAAAGGGAGAGCUUGUUUAUGGCUGAGAAAGAGAUGGAGCCCUAUGACACAGGUGGAGAGCCCCCAACAAUUUCUACACACCCCGUGUCUGUGUGUCUGUGUAGGUGGGGUACUGCCCGUCAGUUGUUAAUGAGGCACCCCUGUUUAACUCCGUGCUGGCUCUUCUCUGAAAGGAACUGAGGCUAACCCCUGUCCCCACGUCUGGUUGUGCCCUGGGAUAUUGUUCUGAGGCAGACCUUUUGAGGCUCUCUUAGCUUGUUUUAGUUCAAGUUGACCACCUCUGUUGGUUAGAUGAAGAAUAAAAAAGGUUCUGAAGAAAAGGUCUGGUCCAGUUGUUUUGCAGCGUGGAUUGAAGAGUCAUCUGCACUACUGACCUCCAAAAAAAAGAAAAAAUUUUAAAAAGUCAUCUGCCUUGCUGAGAGCUACUGCUGCUCUUUUUUUUUUUUUGACUGGCCAGUAAGGGGAUCCAAGCCCUUGACCUUGGUGUUAUCAACACCACGCUCUAACCAAUAGUGCUGCUUUUAUCUUCAAAUUGUCUUCCUGGUUUUGGCAAAGGCCCUGGGUCUGCAGUGAAAUUAGCUGUGGUCCAAACUUUUCCUCCUCUUCCUACUUCUCCCCUCCCCCUCAGAAGUUUUGUAAAGUUUUGAAUAGAUAACACAUGCCCCUGAUUCAAAUGACUGUGUAAAUUAAUUCCCUUUCCCUCCCCCCAAUUCCCCAGUUACCUAGUUCUCCUCCCCAGAGGCAACCACUGUUAUUAGUUUAUCUGUGUUCUGGAGAUAUUUCCUGCAUUUGCAAAUAUAUGUGCAUAUAGUUUGACUUUUCUUCCUACACAGAUGAUACCACACUGUACACACCAUCCUGCACCUUGCCUUUUUCCACUUAACUUGGAAAUUGUUCCGCAUCAGAGAGCCGCCUCAUCCUUUGUAACAAAUGCACCAUGUUUCUUCAAAAGGAGGAUUUAUUUCACCAGUUUCCUGCUGAUGGGCAUUUCUGUUCUUUCCAUUCUUUUUUUUCUUAUAAGCAAUGUUACAACUAAAUAUUCAUGUGUAUAUGUCAUUUUGCACAUAUGAAAGUAUAUUUAUAGGGUAAAGAGAUAGAUGUGGAAUUGCUGGGUCAUGGAAUAUGUGCAUUUAUCAAACAGUAUAAAAAGGAAUAAAGCGGGCCGGCCCGUGGCUCACUUGGGAGAGUGUGGUGCAGAUAACACCAAGGCCACGAGUUCGGAUCCCUAUAUAGGGAUGGCCGGUUAGCUCACUUGGGAGAGCGUGGUGCUGACAACACCAAGUCAAGGGUUAAGAUCCCUUUACCAGUCAUCUUUUAAAAAAAAAAAAAAAAAGGAAUAAAGCAAACAGGUCCUGUCAUCCCUGUCUCCCAUUUUCUCAGUUCCUACUACCCUCUUCCAACAGGUAACUCCUGUUAUUAGUUUCUUAGGUAUCCGUCCAGAGGGGUUUUUUUUCCACAUAUAAGCAGUAGUAAUUUGUAUUUUUAUACUCUUGUUUAUACAGAUGAUUGCACACCAUACAUACUGUUCUUAAUAUAUGUUGGAGAUCUUUCCAUAUCAGUAUAUAAAGCAUCUGUAUUCCUUUCUGUGGCUUUAACAUAUUCUGAUAUGGAUGGAUCAUAACCAGCAUUUGCAAUUCUGAUAAAUAGUGCCAGUAGUUAUCAGGGUCCUCCAGAAAAAGAACCAACAGGUACGUGUGUGUGUGUAUAUAUUAUACAGAUGAAUAUAUGUGUAUAUAUUAUAUAAAUGUGUAUGUGUGUGUGUAUAUAUAUCUCAAAUAUAGAGAGAAAGACUUAUUUGAAAGGAUUGGCUCACACGGUUGUGGAGGCCGGGUAAGUCUGCAGAGUAGACCAAUAGGCUGGAGACCCAGGAAAGAGUUGCAGUUCAAGUCCAAAGGCUGUCUGUGGCGGAAUUCCUUCUUACCUAGAGAAGGUCAGUCUUUGUUCUGUUAAGGCCUUCAACUGAUUGUAUGAGGCCCACUCACAUUUUUUUUUUUCUGCAGCUGGCCAGUAUGGGGAUCCAAACCCUUGACCUUCGUGUUAACACCAUGCUCCAACCAAGUGAGCUAUCCGGCCAGCCAUGGUCAACUCAGAUUAUGAAGUAGAAUCUGCUAUACUCAAAAGUCAACCAAUUUAAAUGUUAAUCUCAUCCAAAAAACACCUUCACAGAAACAUCCAGAAUAAUGUUUGGCCAACUAUCUGGGCACCAUGCUCCAGCCAAGUAGACAAAAAAUUAACCCUCCCAGUUCUGUAAGGACCUCUACAGAGAUUGUUCCAGUUUAUGCUUCCAUCAGCAAGAUUGUUGUCCACAAGUCCCAAAGAAAAGUAAAUGGGUUCAUGAGGAUUGUGAGAGCCUCAUGUUCCUGAGACCAUGAGAAUCUAAUUUAAAGAGAUAUCACAUAAUGUCAGAACAGGAAGGUACCUAAAAUACAAUCUAAUUAAAUCGAUUCAUAUUGGAGAUGGAGAAACUGAGGCCUAGAGAUUGAAACUGGUCAGUGGCCAGUGGUCAAACAGUGCUGCCUUGUGAUUCAUAGGGUCCUACUUGAUUCAUAAAUGGGAUCCUGGGCCGGCCGGUUCCCAGUUGGUUAGAGCACAGUGGUAUAACACCAAGGUCAAGGGUUCAGAUCCCUGUACCAGCCAGCUGACAAAAAAUGGGAUCCUGAGAGACUUGAAGGGGAUCACUUGACAUGCCAAACCAUCCAGUGCUGGUCCCGGUCAGGGUGCUCAGUAAGCACCUGGCUGGCCACUGGACAGAUUCUGACCAACGAGCUCCUUGUCCUGCCCAGUUCUGGCUCUUCUGCUCCACCUGGACCACAGCAGUAGCUUCCUGAGGGCCCCACAUGAGUCUUCAUUCAGCCUCAAAGCUUCUCCGAUCCAGCCUGUUUCCUGUGUGAACAUUCUUAUGGGCAUAUCUCAUGUCAGCCAAUAGAUCCAAAUCCUCCUUGCUCUGCCUGGUGUCCAGGGUAAAGUCCAAAUUCCUCAGCACGUUCAACCCAAGCGUCUGGCCCUGCUCUACCUACCUCUUCCAACCCUCCACCUCCUUUGCCUCCUGGCAGGCAUCCUGUACUGGUUCUUCCAGACUGUUUAUAGCUUUCAAGCCACGAGGCCAUCUGCUUUUUGUCCCUUUGGGCCUGCAGCACUUCCCCACACUUCUGAGUGCCUCCUCUGACAGCCCUGGGCCAUAAUAAGCAACCCAUGGGCCUUCAUACCUGUACCGGGGCCAGGAGUGCAGGCUCUGGAGUCAGACUGCUUGUGUUCCAAUCCUGGCCUCUCUGCUUACCACCUGUGGGAUUUCUGACAAACUCCUUCACCUCUCAGAACCUUAGUUUCCCCAAUUGUAAAAUGGGUAUAGUUGUCACUUCACAGGGUUAUUGGGGGGUCACUUAGCACAAUGCUUGCUCAACUGUUGAGCAACUUAUUAUCAAAUUACUACAAUUGUCUGUUUCCAGGGUUCUCUUCCCCACUAGCCGGUGAGCUUCUUGACAAGAGGCAUGUUUUCAGCUCAAUAACCCAAGCACUUAGCAUCAGUCCUCCUCCACACCCCCACCUUGUAACAGGUCCUGUCCUUUGUUAAAAUGAAAUGAGUCUGAGCGUAGCUCCUCCAUGACAGGACUGUUUACAAACCUGCCUGGCUUUGGAAAAAGAGAUCCAGGGAAAUUGUUUUGAUUGUUGGUCAAUUUUAACAUAGGUCAUAGGUCUGUAGUGUAAGGUGGCCAGGCUGGGCACCCAUCUUCCAAGAGCAGUUAAACACCUUGCUCCCUGAUUCCACAAACAUUCUUGGAGCACCUCCUAUGGGCAAGGGCUUGGCUGGGCCCUGUGGGAGUAGGUAAUAAGUUAUGUAUACAGAUAACUGACAAUUUGUCUUUUCUAUGGAAGAGUAGACUAUGUCCCCACUCCCAUUUGCGAUAGGUCAGAGACCAUUAUGAACUCCGGGAACUGCUCCAGUCCUUUGUUGUAUUGGAAUUUUGUCACGAAUAUCAUCUAUUGAAUAAGGGGCAUUGAUCAGGACCUGAAGACUAUAGGGCAGGGACUUCACCUCAGCGCUGGGGGAUUUGAGCAGGAUCUUCCUUACUGUUAGCAUUUCUUCUCUGCAUCGAUUCACUCUUGUUCCUAUCCUGUUUAGAAAUCUGCUCUCAGUUAACCUAGUCUUUGGCUACAAGUUUAUUCUUAUUUUCUUUUGGAGUUUAGUGUUCAUUAAGAUAGAUGGUAAUGGUCAGGCCGAGAGAAGAUGACCCAGAAAUACCUGUAUUCUUUCCCUAGAGGAAAAAGGACUGUUCUGGCUGCGGGGGCGAGGCAGGGGGUGGGGGGUGGUAGGCAUUUGGUGUUCAGUUCUGACAUUUUUUUUAAAAAGCUGCUGAUGGCAAGGAAAAUCCCCAAAUAGUAGUUGGCUGCUCGCUGCUCCUCCUCAACCGAUAUUUUCCUAGAAGAUGUUUGGUCUUUUCCGGAUUGCAUUAUUUCACAUAUUUUAUAUUUCACAGAGGUAUUUGAGAAUUUCUGUGACAAGUGCUACUGAUAAUGGCUAAUGAUACCUUAAAUUUGGACAUAGUUUUGUUAUUUAUGUUUUUGGAGGGUGCUUAAGUUUAUUAAGGCAUAAUUUACAUAUCGUAAACUUCACCCUUUUUGAGAGUACAGUUUGAGGACUUUUGGUAAAGUAUACAGUUGUGUAACCACUACCACAAUCAACAUAUCGACUAUUUCCAUCACGCCAAAAAGUUCCCUCAUGAGUCUUUAUGGUCACUCCCCUCCCCUCAUCCUCAGUCCUGAUUUCUGAACCACUGACCUGAUUUCUGCACCCACCACUUUGCUUUUCUGUGAUGUCAUAUGAAUGGAAUCAUUCAGUGUGUAGCCUUUUGUCCCUAGCUUCUUGCACUUAGCCUAUAAGUUUUUCAGAUUCAUCAGUGUUACUAAUGCAUCAGUAAUUAUUUCCUUUUUAUGGCUGGCUUGUAUCCCAUAAUAUGGAUACAUCCCAGUUUUUAAAAUCUGUUUAUUGAUAUAAAUGACCUCUGUGCUACUGAUGGAAUAAAUCAUUUCCUGCUUUGGCGGUU